UGUUCUGUCUGGGAGUGUUCAGAGUCAGUGUUCUGUUUGGGAGUGUUCAGAGUCACUGUUCUUUCUGUGAGCGUUCCCAGUGUUCCACCAUGGUUCUGAACAUUCCAGGUGUGGUUGCCAUGGCAGUGUUCUAUCUGCUGGUCCUGGGGACAGGUUUGUGGGCGGCACGGAGGUCCAGGGCUAUGGAGAAGAAAAGUACGGGAGACAAGACAGAGAUAACCUUACUGGGAGACAGGAAUAUCGGCCUGCUUGUGGGAAUAUUCACCAUGACGGCUACGUGGGUUGGAGGAGGCUUUAUCGUAGGGAUAGCAGAGGUUGUCUAUAACCCUAACCUGGGUCUGGUCUGGGCUUUCAUGCCCCUACAGAGCUCCGUCUCCUUCAUCAUCGGUGGUAUAUUCUUUGCCAAGCCGAUGAGGGAGAAGAAGUAUGUUACUAUGAUGGAUCCCUUCCAGAUCAAGUAUGGGAGAGUAGUGAGUGGAGCUCUGGUGUUCCCUGCCCUUGUAAUGGAUGCACUGUGGGUCGCCUGCACACUCGUCGGACUAGGUGGCACCAUGAGUGUGAUUCUGGACCUGCCCUACUCCUACUCUGUGGGGAUUUCUGCAGUGGUGGCCAUCAUCUACACUCUACUGGGAGGACUCUACUCUGUAGCCUACACUGACGUUAUCCAGCUCAUCCUCAUCUUCUUCAGUCUGUGGCUGUGUGUCCCGUUCCUCAUGGCCAACCCAGUGGUGGGUGACAUCACCCAGACAGCCUUCAACCACACCUACCAGGCCCCCUGGCUGGGACACAUGGAGAAGGAGAAGGUCUUCAAGUGGGUUGAUGACUUCUUAUUGGUGGCGUUGGGUAGCUUGUCUUUCCAGUGUUUCCACCAGAGGACGCUUUCGGCCUCUUCCUCGUUUAACGCCCAGGUCACCUGCUUCGCGGCUGCUGCCAUGGUCCUCAUCCUGGGGAUCCCCUCUGUCCUGGUCGGGGCUGUGGCCGCUUCCACAGACUGGAACCUGACAUCGUACGGGUCUCCGUCUCCGUAUGAGCGCAACGAGACGGGAUUGGUGCUCCCCAUCGCCCUGCAGCACCUGGCUCCGCCCUACGUGUCCGUCAUCGGCAUCGGGGCCAUCGCCGCCGCAGUGAUGUCAUCCGUGGACUCUGGCCUGCUCAGCUCCGCCUCCAUGUUCUCCUCCAACAUCUACAAGAACAUCAUCAGGAAGCAGGCCUCAGACAGGGAGAUACAGUGGGUGAUCCGUGUGUCGGUGGUGGUGGUGGGGCUGUGUGGGAUGGCCCUCACUCUCCUCCACAACAGUACCUUUGCCCUGUGGAUCCUGGCGUCUGAUCUCUCCUACACCAUCAUCUUCCCUCAGCUCAUCUGCGUCCUCUUCUUCCAGGUCUCCAACGGCUAUGGAGCCGUGGUGGGAUACCUCGUAGGGGGCCUGAUGAGAGUCCUCUGUGGGGAGCCCAUCUUCAACCUCGCCCCUGUCCUCCACUUCCCUGGAUGCACCCUGGAGGACGGUGUCUACGUCCAGCGCUCCCCCAUCAGGACCAUAUGUAUGCUUCUGGCCCUGGCGGCCAUCUUGGGUUUCUCCUGGCUGGCUCAGCUGAUGUUCAAUAAGGUCUGGUUGCCCGAGAGGUGGGAUGUGUUCCAGGUGAAGUUCCAUACUUUGCCACUUGGUGGCGCCAGAGAAAUGAAAGAGAAGGAGGAGGAUGGUGCAGUCUCUGAGCCAAUGCUUGACACCACAAAGUGUUAAAGUUUUGAUCAACCUACCCUUACAGGCCGGUUUCCCAGACACUUCCCUGGACUACAAAGCACUUUGUUUUUGAGCAUAUUUUUUGUUUAUUGGACAAGAUAGAGAAAGGAAAGAUCUAUUGAACAUCCAAAUCAUUCUAAAGAAGGCUAUUUAAAAUCAAUUGUGUAGCUCAAUUAAGUUACUUAUAUGAUUUGAACAUAAAGCGUGAAAAAGGCUGUAACAUCGGUACCACUGACUUGCAUUGGAUUUGUUCCACAAAAGCAUGGAUUGCGGUCGUACCUUGUCCAUAGGCUGAUUACAGGGUAAAGCAAUCAAUCCUAUUAUGUCACUUGGGUGAACUCUCUCUUUAGUCUAGGCGUAGGCUUAAUGAUCUGUGUCUGCUAAACUUCAUUACCUCAUCCCCAGACUAACUCAUCCCCACCAGAUUACCUCAUCCCCACCAGAUUAGCUCAUCCCCACCAGAUUAGCUCAUCCCCACCAGAUUACCUCAUCCCCACCAGAUUACCUCAUCCCCACCAGAUUACCUCAUCCCCACCAGAUUACCUCAUCCCCAAUCCUAACUGGAGCCAUUAAGGGGUGGAACUAAGAUCAGACCUCUUAUCAGUGGUUAUUUAGAGGCAUUUUCUAGCCUACCUACUCUCCAUAUCAUACUGAAAGUCAUGUGAUGCUCACUUGAGAGGAUCUUGGUGAUAACAUUUUAUAUACACUUUGACAUAAACAAUUUCCCUACCUAUUCAUAGUUAAAAUGGUCAUGGUGAAUUGAUUUGCCUUGUUGUGAAAAUGUCUCUUUUUCUCAAUUUGGGGAAACUGUUUUUUUACAUCUUCACUGUUGUAAAGACAUCUGUGGUUUAAAGGGUUGGAUGAUUCAGCGACGCUUAGAGAACAAGGAGCUCCAGGAAAGUCUAGGCCCACUAGGAGGGAGGGGUAUACUACCCCAUUAUACUAGGUGGUGGGGUAUACUACCCCAUUAUACUAGGAGGGAGGGGUAUACUACCCCAUUAUACUAGGAGGGAGGGGUAUACUACCCC